AUGGGUAAAGUUGCCUACGAGUUGGGCUUACCGCCUACACUUGCAGGAAUGCAUAAUGUGUUUCAUGUUUCCAUGCUAAGGAAGUAUAUCCCGGACCCUUCACAUGAUUUGAACUAUGAGCUACUCAAGAUCAAAGACAACUUAACUUAUGAAGAAGUUCCAAUCCAAAUUCUUGACCACAAGGAUCAAGUGCUACGCACCAAUACCAUAUCAUUGGUUAAAGUCCUUUGGAAGAAUCACACAGUGGAGGAGGCGUCUUGGGAGCGAGAAGAUGAGAUGAAAUCAAAUUAUCCGGAGUUGUUCUUUAAUGAAGAUAUGUAUAAUUUCGAGGACGAAAUUUUUUUAAGGGGGGAAGGAUGUAACACCCCAUAA